UCGAAGUUCACUUGCAUCACUAGCUCUUUCGUCUCCUAUUUCACCAGAGAGCAAUGAUUCUUGGGGCCACGUUUGCAGCUGCGGCCUCAGUGCCAUGGAGCCUCCUGGCCGGCGCUCUCCUUGGCCUCCUGCUCCUGUGGGCGGCCGGCCGGUUGCUGGACCGGCUGUGGUGGCAGCCUCGGCGGCUCGAGCGGGCGCUGCGCGCGCAGGGCCUCCGCGGCACGUCCUACCGCUUCCUCACCGGCGACCUCAAGGACUUCGCCCGGAUGAACCAGGAGGCGUGGUCCAGGCCCUUGCCGCUGCGGUGCCACGACAUCGCGCCCCGCGUGGCACCGUUCCUCUGCAGCAACAUCCGGGAGCACGGCAAGACGUGCAUGUCCUGGUUCGGUCCGAUCCCCAAGGUCACCAUCGUCGACCCGGACCUUGCCAAAGACGUGCUGUCCAAUAAGUUCGGCCACUUCGAGAAGCUCAAGUUCAGGGCGCUGUUCAAGCUGAUGUCCGACGGCCUAGCGAACCAGGACGGGGAGAAAUGGGCCAAGCACAGGAGGAUCCUCAACCCCGGAUUCCAUCUGGAGAAGCUCAAGCGCAUGCUGCCGGCCUUCACUGCGUGCUGCGAGGAACUGGUCCGCAGAUGGGCAGAUUCUCUCGGCUCCGACGGUUCGUGCGAGCUGGAUGUUUGGCCGGAGCUGCAGAACCUGACCGGAGAUGUCAUCUCUCGGACCGCAUUCAGCAGCAGCUAUCUUGAAGGAAGAAGAAUUUUCCAGUUACAGGCUGAGCAAGCUGAGCGUGUUAUGAAGAGCUUUCAGAAGAUUGUCGUUCCCGGUUACAUGCUCUUGCCAACUGAAAACAACCGAAAGAUGCACAGAAACAACAAAGAGAUCGAAACAAUUCUUCGAGAUUUAAUUUGGAAAAGAAUUCAAGCUAUGAAGGAAGGCGAGAGCACAAAAGAUGACUUACUGGGCCUGUUGCUGGAGUCAAGCAUGAGAGAGAGAGGCAGGAGUGGCCAAUCCGUCAUGGCCAUGACGAUCGAAGAUGUCAUCGAGGAGUGCAAGCUAUUCUACUUCGCCGGAAUGGAGACCACGUCAGUACUCCUCACGUGGACAAUGGUCGUGCUGGGCAUGCACCCAGAAUGGCAGGACCGUGCAAGAGAGGAGGUGCUUUCUUUGUUUGGGAAAAACAAGCCUGAUCUUGAGGGCUUGAGCCGCCUCAAAACUGUGACCAUGAUCCUUUAUGAGGUUCUCCCGUUGUACCCACCGGCCACUGCCUUUUCCAGGAAAACGUACAAGGAGAUGGAGAUUGGAGGCAUCGUGUACCCUGCCGGUGUGAUUGUUGAGCUGCCCGUGCUCAUGAUCCAUCACGACCCUGAUAUUUGGGGGAGCGACGUGCACGAGUUCAAGCCGGACAGGUUCUCGGAGGGGAUCUCCAAGGCGUCCAAGGAUCCUGGCGCGUUUCUCCCGUUCGGCUGGGGGCCACGCAUCUGCAUCGGCCAGAACUUCGCGCUGCUUGAGGCCAAGAUAGCGCUGUGCAUGAUCCUUCAGCGAUUUGAGUUCGAGCUCGCGCCGUCGUAUACUCAUGCGCCGCACACUGUGGUGACAGUGCACCCUAUGCAUGGUGCACAGGUUAAGCUGAGGGCAAUUCAAGUCCACUCGCAUCAUCACCUUAGGAUACAAACUCUUUCUUCUCCCAGGCCACUGGUCGUCAGAGCAAUGGUUCUUGGAGCGACGCUUGCCGCUGCGGCCUCAGUGCCAUGGAGCUUCCUGCUCGGCGGUCUCCUGGGCCUCGUGCUCCUGUGGAAGGCCGGCCGGCUGCUGGACCAGAUGUGGUGGCAGCCUCGGCGGCUCGAGCGGGCGCUGCGUGCGCAGGGCAUCCCCGGCACGUCGUACCGCUUCCUUACCGGCGACCUCAAGGAGUACGGCCGGCUGGCCAAGGAGGCCUGGGCGAAGCCUCUGCCGCUGCGGUGCCACGACAUCGCGCACCGCGUCUUGCCGUUCGUCGACAACCUUGUCCGGGAGCACGGCAAGAUGAGCAUGUCCUGGUUCGGUCCCAACCCCAAGGUGACCAUCGUCGAUCCUGAGCUGAGCAAGGACGUGCUCUCCAACAAGUUCGGUCACUUCGAGAAGCUCAAGUUCCCGGCGCUGUCCAAGAUGCUGGGCGACGGCGUGGCGAGCCACGAGGGCGAGAAAUGGGUCAAGCACAGGAGGAUCCUCAAUCCUGCAUUCCAUCUUGAGAAGCUCAAGCGCAUGCUGCCAGCGUUUUCUGCGUGCUGCGAAGAGCUGGUCAGCAGAUGGUCGGAGUCCCUCGGCUCGGAGGCUUCGUUGGAGCUGGACGUUUGGCCUGAGCUGCAGAACCUCACCGGAGACGUCAUUUCUCGCACCGCAUUCAGCAGCAGCUACCACGAAGGAAGAAGGAUUUUCGAGGUGCAAGCCGAGCAAGCUGAGCUUGUCAUGACCAACCUUCGGAAGAUUAUGAUUCCUGGUUACAUGUCCUUGCCUACCAGAAACAAUAGAAAGAUUCACAAGAACAACAAAGAGGUCGAAUCAAUUCUAAGAGAGAUAAUCGGGAAGAGGAUUCAAGCAAUGGAACAAGGCGAAAGCACCAAAGAUGACUUGUUGGGCCUAUUGUUGGAGUCAAACAUGAGACAAACAGAAGAGAAUGGCCAGUCGGGCAUGGGGAUGACAAUUGAAGAUGUUAUCGAGGAGUGCAAGGUGUUCUAUUUUGCAGGAAUGGAGACGACAUCGGUGCUGCUCACAUGGACAAUGGUUGUACUAAGCAUGCACCCAGAGUGGCAGGACCGUGCGAGGGAGGAGGUGCUAGGUUUGUUUGGCAAAAACAAGCCUGAGUACGAAGGCUUAAGCCGCCUCAAAACCUUGACCAUGAUCCUUUAUGAGGUUCUCCGGCUGUACCCACCAGCCAUUUCUUUCGUCCGGAAAACAUACAAGGAGAUGGAGAUUGGAGGCAUCACCUACCCUGCCGGUGUGAUCUUGGAACUGCCCGUGCUCUUCAUUCACCAUGACCCGGAUAUUUGGGGAAGUGAUGUCCACGAGUUCAGGCCAGACCGAUUUUCUGAGGGUAUCUCCAAGGCGUCCAAGGACCCGGGCGCAUUCCUUCCGUUCGGUUGGGGGCCACGCGUUUGCAUUGGUCAGAACUUCGCCUUGCUAGAGGCCAAGAUGGCAUUGUGCAUGAUCCUUCAGCGAUUUGAGUUCGAGCUGGCCCCAUCAUAUGCUCAUGCGCCACAUACUGUGAUCACGCUACAUCCUAUGCAUGGUGCCCAGAUUAAGCUCAGAGCAAUCUGAUCACAGCAUGGUGUUCAUCGUUAAUUAAUGACCCUGUUUGUGUGGAUGUAACAUAGAAAUCAAAUGGGCCUUUACGUGGUGAUGUUGGAAAUAAAUUAUUCUCAAUGGGCUUUUGUUCUUUCAUGUA